AUGUCUAUUCGAACAAACCCCUUUAAAGCAGUGCCUUUGUUAUUGAGGCGCUUGACAACCAUAGAAAAACAUGCAAAUUUGGAUGAUUUGAAGGAGGUGUUGAUGAACAUAAAGGACUUGUUUUGGAUAGUGAAGAAGAAUGAAGAAGAACUCCUCGACACAUUGACAGAGGUGGAUGACUAUGUUCGCAACUUCAACACAAGAAAGUUGAUGGAAGAGAAGGAAGAAAUUUGCAAAAGAAUAAGGAAUUCAACUCAAAAGUUGUUGCCAGCUCAUGGGUCAUCAGGGAAAACAUUUCAAGUUGGGGAGCCUGAAAGGAAAGAAAUUGUGCACCAAUCAGAACCCUCUUUAAAGCUACCUCAAGAGUUGGAAAUGAGAAUGGAUGUUUACUUGCCUUCUGUACAACAAAUAGUUUUUUUCAACUUUCUCUCAGCUCUCCCUCAAAAUUCCGUUUUAAAGAAAAGGCAACUAAUUUACUGGUGGUUUGGAUCGCGUUCUCUCAACUAUGAAAUGCACGCUUUAACCCAUGGUGCAUUGGAUUUGGAACGAAGAGUUAACCAAGAGAGAAAAGCUGCUGAGGAUAUGUUUUCUUUUCUUUUGGUCAAGAGACUAAUUGUACCGCAUGGUAAUGGUAAGUGUCCUCUUGUUAAUAAAUAUAAAAUUAGUCCUCUCCUUCGUGAUGUUAGGGAGCCAUCGAGCGAUGAAGACCAGGUAUUUAGAUUUUAUUCACAAAUAAAACCCUCAUCUCAUGAUACUAGGAAUCGGUGUUUAGCACUUGACCAACAAAAAGUUAAACUAAGUGAUGAGUUAGGGUUUAAAUUUAAGCGUUGGACAGUUAUUUUUAAUGUUAGUGCUAGUUACCUUGAUAUUGGACCUCAAUGGAUGACUGGAAUGAAGAAUUUGGAGAUGCUUCAUCUCGGUCGAUGCCAUGACUCAGCUUCACAUCACAUUGAAGUGGAGAGCGAAGAAUUCCUGAUGGAGUUGAGGGAUCAAAAGUAUUUGAGCUAUCUUAGUCUUCGUGGGAUAUCAAGAAUAUCCAAACUACCACCCUCCAUUCUUCAACUUGAGAGUCUAGAAAUUCUUGAUCUCAAGGCCUGUCACAAUCUAGAAACACUUCCCAAUGAUAUUUCAUCAUUGAGAAAGCUUAGGCAUUUGGAUGUGUCCCAAUGCUACUUGUUGGAGAGAAUGCCAAAGGGGAUUGAGAAUCUAACUAAGCUCGAAUCACUAAAGGGAUUUUUAAUAGGUAAUCCCAGCAAGACUCCUUGUAGAAUAUCAGAUUUUGCAAACUUGAGCAACCUAGAGCGACUAAGCAUACAGAUAGGAAGUGAGGCUGUGAUCCAAGAUAAGGAGUUUGAAAGCUUGAAGAACUUGUCAAAACUUACGCGUCUCAAAAUAUCAUGGGGUGGGUCUGGCACAAGGUAUAGUGAUAUGAGGAUCUUUUUCCCUUCAUCUUUGUUUAAGUUGCAUCUUGAAGGCUUUUCUGGAGAGGAAAUUCCAGAAUGGUUGAAGCCUUCAAUGCUACCCAAAGGAUUGAAGGUGCUUUAUAUAACAGGAGGGAAACUUAGAAGUUUGGCUCAUGGAGACAAUAAUAACCUAUGGUCAGUGGAGAUUGUACGUCUCAAGUACCUAAACCAUUUGAAAGUUGAUGGCUUCACAGAUUCGGAAGUUUUGUCAGAUUUGCAACGCUUCUUUCCUUUCUUGAAAUAUGUAGAAGUGAAAAAAAUAGCAGAUCAUUUAGACUUUGAAUGGAUCAAAGUAAUAAAUUAA